AUGGCGCUUCAUUUCCUUAGACACAAACACAGGUUCCACUUGAACUCAUCUCUGAUCCGUAUUUUCUCGACCUCCUCAUCAAACGUACCUUCUCAAUCACCAUUUUCGAACUUCUUCACCGAGAAGCCUCUUGUCGAGUCCCGUCGAAAGUCGAGAAAUUCAGGCGAUGUUUUUGACCUGUUCUUUACUCGUCGACAAGCUAAAGAAACACAAAGCAGAGUUGUUAACACAGAGCAGCCAAAGGAAGAAAAACUUAGGAGAGUUGGACGACCAAGGAAGCAAGUAUUAGAGCAGAAGCCAGUGGACGAAACACGAAGCAGAGCUGCAAGCUUAAGCAGAACGCGAAGGAAAAAAGUAACGGCUUCGAGUAGCUCUUCACGAAAUGCACUCAAGAAUCAUCCAGAUUACAUAUGCAGUGUGACUCAUGCAAUGGAUGUCUUAAAUGGUUUGCCUAGAUUAAAGAAGUGGACGCCUUUAUACCAAGCUUCCAUGGAUCAUCUUAUGGCUGAUGUAACUCACCGUCAAGCUUUCUUAUCAUUCUCUGAUCCCGAGGAUAGGAUUCAGUACCUGCGGUACAAGACCAAGAAAACGGAAUGA